AUGGGUGCCGUCACAUGAACCACCUCCGUACACGGGAUUCACAUGCACAACGCUGCGGGCGUACGAGAACUGCCAGAAAAACAAGCGCCCCGACUCCACUUACCUCAACUGGCAGUGGCAGCCCGACGACUGCGACUUGACAAGGUUCGACCCAGCUGCAUUUGCAAGCCGCUUCAGAAACAAGGUGCUUGGCAUUUCAGGCGACUCCUUCUCCUCCAACUUUGGUAGCUCUAUCCGCUGCAUCAUCGCCUCCUUCACCACCACCAAGGACUUCACGUCCACGUGGUACGGGCAGGAUGUGCGCGGGUACAAGGUGCCGGCGUACAACAUCACCUUCCUCUCGCUCUCUGCCGUCUUCCUAGUUGACGCCACGCCCAUGGGUGCUGCCAAGAGCAGUGGCACCUGGAAAAUUCACCUGGACAAGCCCAAGGAGGUUUGGGCAUCCGUGCUUCGCUUCCUGGACAUCUUCAUCUUCAACACUGGCCAUUGGUUUGUAAAUGUGCGCCCCACAUGCUUGACCUCUCUGCUUGCUCGCACGCUGCCACCCCUUCUGCUAUUUGCUGACCCUUGCAUGUCUAUACCUGCCCCUCAACAGGCCCCCCCUAAGCUGCGGCAGUUCUACAUGAAGGGAGUGCUUCAGAGUGACAUGAGUCCAUUCCAGGCCAUGAGCGUUGCUCUUUCCACAGUGCGGGACUUCAUCAUCAACUCUGACUACCGUGGUGUGCCUGUCAUGCUCUCAUACUCGCCAUACCAUUACGAGGAAGCCUAUGGUGGCGACCCAAAGAAGAGCUGCAAAGGAGCACAGAGGCCGUUCACAAAUGCAGAGGUGGCUGUUGCGGAGAGAGGCACAGAAGCACUGGAUGCAGUGGUCACACAGCUGGGCGUGUUUCAACAAGUGACGAAACCACCUGUGAAGGCAGAUGAAAGAGCCACCUUCAGGAUCAUGGACGUGACACGGCUUAGCCUUAUGCGGCCGGAUGCCCAUUUGCAGAAUUACACUGGCGCAUCUGGUACCGACUGCUCCCACUGGUGCAACCCUGGACUACCAGAUACAUGGUCAGACAUACUGUAUAACGUACUGAUGUCAUCGUGA